CAACCGGUCACCAGACUUCGGCGCUCUGGUGCUGACUUUCGUAGUGUGGUCAGCGUUCCGCAAGAUGACAGACCAACUCCGAGAAUUGAAUUGUACCCGCUUCUUUCCUUUCUUACUCCGGCCAUGGAUGACGAUCCUAGUCAGUUCAACGUUGAGCAGGGCUCAGAAGAUUUGCCAGAGUUAAAUUCUUCCCAUGGAGCCGGUCGAUCCAAUCUGCAAACUCUCCUAAAUUUAUUAGCGGCGCGCACCUCUACUCAAUCAAGUGUCCUCAUGGGUGAUUCCAGGAUAUACGCCGCAACCGCCAUGGCCAACUUGUUAUCCGCCGACCACGACUUGGAUUUAGAAGGAGAAUUAGGCACUGACGAUGAAGAAGACGCCGACUACUUGGACGAAGACGAAGAUGAAGUGAUGGAAGAUGACGGAGAUGAAUAUUAUGCUACUCCUCGCACAGUAUUUACCUACCCUCCAGCCACUACGCCUCAGGCUGCAGGUGUGCAUCUGAUCAAAAGCGGGGAGUUUGGUCGAGUGGGACCCAAGAUCAAAGCUCGGAAGAACAACCGGAACCUCGCUGCCGUCUUUAACAACCGUCUAACAAACCCUCAUCCUGUUGUGUAUAAGGAAGAUUACGCCGCUAACAUUGUUCCAAACUCCAAUGGAGUGAUAGUGGCCAACUAUGAUGCAAACAUCUACACCGCACAGUACUCUAACGACUCUUCAUUCUUCUACACUUGCUCUCAAGAUUUCCGUCUUCACAUAUACGACACUACUGCUCCUCCGCAGAGGGCAAUGUCGCGGGCUGACGUAACUCAGGACCAGCCACAGACGACAAUGAAUCUUAAUCGUAGAAUACAAGGGCAGCACGGUCGAUGGACAAUCACAGAUGCCAAUCUGUCCCCAGACAAUGACAGAAUUAUCUAUUCUUCAAUCACUUCCACUGCGUACAUGUGCAGCACAAAGGAAGACAAUCCCGUACAGGUUCCCAUCCCGUUCCACGAUUCUCCUGGUGUCCACUAUGGAUUCUGGGAUUCAGGCCCUGGAUCAUUUGGGCUAUUUUCUUGUAGAUUCUCAGCAGACGGAAAUGAAGUCAUUGCUGGUGGUCGGGGAUACAUAUAUGUGUACGAUCUUUUGGCCAAUAGACGAAGUGUCAAAAUUCUAGCACAUGCGGAUGAUGUCAACAGUUGUUGCUGGGCUGAUACAUCGUCUGGGAAUGUACUAGUCAGCGCUUCAGAUGACAGCUACUUGAAAGUUUGGGACAGACGAUCUCUCGGUAGCUCGCCGAAACCAUCAGGCGUUCUGGUCGGACAUACGGAAGGUAUAACAUAUGUAUCUGCCAAGGGAGAUGGACGAUACGUCGUGUCUAACGGCAAAGACCAAGCGAUGCGCCUGUGGGACCUACGCAAGAUGCGAAGCAAUGGGGAAUACGAGAGGACUGCUCAUAUCGAAUACGGCGUUCCGAACUUUGACUACCGAUAUCCUAGCUAUCCCAGGCCUAGAUACAAAGCCCAUCCUCUGGAUUGUAGUGUCAUGACAUACCGAGGGCAUUCGGUGCUCAUGACGCUCAUUCGUUGCCAUUUCUCCCCUACGGAAACAACAGGGGGACAAUAUCUCUAUUCGGGUUCUGCAGAUGGAAGGAUCCAUAUAUGGUCGUUAGAUGGAACUCUUGUUCAAGUACUUGAUCGUACAAAAACGCUUCCCAUACGGGCAGAUCCUUCUGGUGUCGAAUAUUCCAGAACCGCUCGCAGAAAUAAUGGUUCAUGCGUUCGUGAUGUCAGUUGGUCACCCGAGCAACCCGUGAUCAUCUCUGCUGCUUGGGAGUCUUCCCGUCAUGGAAGCACACUUGCUCGACAUGAAUGGAAAGGAUUAUCGAAGAUGUCUAAUUCCCUUCAGGAUUGGGAAGAAAAAAGACGUCAGGAACAGACAGAAAUCGCUGAGGGUGGAAGCUCAACUCGAAGGUCAAGCCGAAUUCAGCAACAAAGGCUUCGUCGAUUGCUCAUGCCUGGGAUGUAUUUCUCGGUUGACGAUGACGAUGACGAAGAUAUGUAGCUCUAGAGAUACACGUCGCUUGCUUUGCUAUGUUAAUUAAUGCAUGUACCCGGAGAAUAUCUGUAUAUCUACGAUCACGUCGAUUCUUUCAUCUUUUCGGCAAUGGAAACAUAUGAGUAUUGUAAUGAAAGGAGAUAUGAAUAGCAGUAGGUGCAUCGACGAGACCGACGUGAUCUUAAGCGCCCAGUUGCCGAGCAAUCGGCUGGCGCCAAAAUCC